AGCCAGCCAAGCUCUAAUGCGGAAGUGUAAAACGCGGAAGCAAGCAACAAUCCUUUUUUAGGACGCAUGCAUUUGCACUUUGAGCACACUUUUAUUACAUGAAUACAUAUUUUAUAAAUCCAGGCGUUACUAUAAACAGUUAAAGCAGACUUAGGAGUGUGCUGUGCAGGUAUGUCGUCCAGUGGAGAAGCAGUGUUCCGGGCGGUGGAGACGCCGCUGCUGGUCCUCGGAGCUCUGACCGCGGCCUGGCUCUCCGUGAGCUCCGUGUACCGGCUGCUGGCCGGGCUCAGGGUGUGGGUGCUGGGCAACGGGAAGCUCGUGUCCCCCACCAGACUGGGGAAAUGGGCAGUCGUGACAGGAGCCACAGAUGGGAUCGGGAAAGCUUACGCAGAAGAGCUCGCCCGCAGAGGCUUUGCCAUCGUGCUGAUCAGCCGCUCUCAGGAGAAGCUGGAUGACGUUUCAAAGGCGAUCGCGAGUAAAUGUGGCGUGGAGACCAAAACGAUCGCAGCAGACUUCAGCGCCGUAGAUAUCUACUCCAGGAUUGAAGAUGGACUUGCAGGACUGGAGAUCGGAGUAUUGGUCAACAAUGUUGGAAUAUCCUAUUCUUACCCUGAAUUCUUCCUCAACGUUCCCGACCUGGAGACUUUCAUCGACACCAUGGUCAACAUCAACAUAAUGUCUGUGUGCCACAUGACACGACUUGUUUUACCUCGAAUGGUGGAGAGGAAGAAGGGUGCCAUCCUCAACAUCUCCUCUGCCAGUGGGAUGUACCCCUUCCCUCUCCUUACCGUCUACUCUGCCUCUAAGGCAUUUGUGGACUUCUUUUCACGAGGACUGCAAGCUGAAUACAAGAGCAAAGGCAUCAUCAUACAGAGUGUUCUGCCAUUUUUUGUUGCAACCAAGCUGAGUAAAAUCCGGCAUGCUACACUGGACAAGCCCAGUCCAGAGCGCUACGUGUCAGCCGAGCUCAACACGGUGGGUCUGCAGACCCAGACCAAUGGCUACCUGCCACAUGCCAUUAUGGGUUGGGUGACUACAGCUCUGCUCCCUGCCAAGAUCCUCAACAGCCACGUGAUGGGGAUGGGUUUGUCCCAGCGCGCUCGUUACCUGAAGAAGCAAAAGCAGGGUUAGAUAGACGCAUGGCGGCAGGAAGAGGGGACCAGCUGUGUUAAACACUCGUCCCACGACCAUCAUCAUGGACCAGGAAGACAGAAUGUGACAGUUUCUGGGCCACAUCCCAGUUUCCCUCCCUCCGAUACUCCCUGUCAUUGAGGAUGUGAGGCAGCGGUACAUGUAUUCAAUUCAAACAUAAAAAUACUGAACAAAGUGGUGCUCUUCAUCAGCUUUAAUGAAUGGAACACUAACGUGGAAACUAAAAACUAUUCCCACAUCCAUCCAUCCAUCCAUCUGUCUGUUCAACAUGAGGGUGUAUAAAGCCUAGAUGAGGGAACAAUUUGGAUGCAUGUGAGGUUUGAGGCCUCUGUAUAUUUGUGUGUAUCUGAGUAUGUGUUUACUAGCGUUAAGCCUUUUUAGUUUUACACUGCAGGUGAUACUUACUUUCUUUCUAGAGCCCUUAAACAUGUUUUAUUGAGAUCUAUUGACAUUAAUAGCUUCAUUAACUCCUACUAUGGGAUUUCUAUUGCACUCAGAUUUAGACGAUUCUUCGUCAGCACCAAUUCGAAACCCUUAGUUAUCUCUUGUUUGGUUUUUCUAACUUAAAAUGUUCUCAAAGGUGUUAAUGUAGUGGUGAAGUCAGUGCGUGUUUAGUUUAAUUAAGAGGAACCGCUGUAAAUGGAUAACCAGCAGAGAGGGAGAUGCCUUGGUGGAAUGUUAAAAUGGGUGUUUUAUUUUCUAACUAAAUUGAUUUUCAAAUUAAUUUGUACCACUGGUGUUACUGUUUUGCAGGACUUUCUAACCUAAAACUAAAAUUCUCUCACUAUACAUUAGAUCCAGGUACAACAACAUACAUUCAUCUCAAUCUUUUCACUUGUAUUGAUUGAUUUCCUAAAAUGUUGAACCAAACCAAAUGAGAGCUGAUACAUUUAUUUGAUUUUCUCUUUUGAAAGCUACAUUUUUGUUAGUUUUUGUGUUAAAUAUGUUGUCACUCACAUUCCAUGUGUCUUUGUCAAGAUACCAGCUUUAAGUUAUACUGUAAUAACCCUAAAGACACUUUUUACUCACACUGACUAGGUGCAGCAGGCAGCAGCAGGGGACCAACUUCCAGUCAAGUGUUUACUCUAGGAUUAGGUGUAAUCCUAAAACCUGGGGUGCAUGUUGGGGUUGAAAGCAGAACAAACUGUAAUCAAAUUACAUUUGUCCAGCCAUCAAUAAAUAUUAAUUCAAAUAACGACAGUCCAUGUGUUAUUCUUGGUUUCACCUUUGGGUCAAUUGCUUUUUGUAUCACAUUCUCUAUUUUUAUAAUAUCCAUGGGACAGCUCUUAGCUUAUUUAUAUACAAUGGCAACAUCUGAUGGGUCAGUUCUAGUUUACAUGUUGUGUCAAACUUUGUAUUAGAUACAAUAUGAAUGAGUUUGGAGUCAGAUAUCACAUGAGUAAAGUGUUCCAUGUCUGUAAACCGAGUGGCAUCUCCAACAUUAUCUGUCAAAAGCCCACACACUCUUCUGUUUAAUAAAACAUGGCAGCGUCAA